AACCUAUGGUACUUGAAACGGCUGUGUCAGGCUGCAUUCUCUCAAACGGUGUACGACUCAGUGAACAGCGUACUAUUUGUAGCAUGGCAUCUGAAGAGCUGGCUAGGAAGCUGCAGUCGCGGCUGACCACUUCGCAGGAGGCUGAGCCGAGGCCGGAGCCCCAACAGAGCCCGGUCCGACCCAAACCGCAGGAGGCCGAUGCAGCCUGCGGAGACUCGUCCUCCGAGCUGUCCGCCAAGCUGACCCGCAGACAGGACAUCAACGAGGGGAACGCUGCUCCUCGACUGACCCGCGUCUUCAAUCCCUACACGGAGUUCAAGGAGUUCUCCCGCAAGCAGAUUAAGGAUAUGGAGACGAUGUUCAAACAGUACGACACUGGUAAAGACGGCUUCAUCGACUUGAUGGAGCUGAAGCUGAUGAUGGAGAAGUUGGGCGCUCCACAGACCCACCUGGGCCUCAAGAACAUGAUCAGAGAGGUGGACGAAGACUUUGAUGGCAAGUUGAGCUUCCGAGAGUUCCUGCUGAUCUUCCGGAGAGCAGCAGCUGGAGAGCUGCAGGAGGAGAGUGGUCUGAUGGCUCUGGCCAGGCUGUCGGAGAUCAACGUCUCCACUGAGGGAGUGAUGGGGGCCAAAGACUUCUUUGAAGCCAAGAUGCAGGCUCUGUCUGUGGGCAGCAAAUUUGAGGCCGAGAUUCUAGAAGAAAAAGAAGAACGCAAGAGACAGGAAGUGGAGAAAAAACAGAGACAAGCGGCCUUCAAGCAGCUGCAGUCGGCCUUCUGCUCCUGACCUUCCACAGAUACCAACCCUGACAGGCAGACGUCUCGGCCCACUGAGUCAGCACUUCUCAUUCCACUUCUACUUUUAUCAAUGGCAUUGCUCAGAAUUUGGGACAUUAUAACAAAACUAGAAAGAGGCAUUGAAGUAACUACUUUCUAAAAUACUUGAAAAUACCUUUGAACACUUAAUAGGCAAGGUUUUAUUCAUUCCAGACUUUCUGCAGCUCUUCAACAGGAAACAACCAACCAAACACACAGGAAAUAUUGAGUAAUCUCUCCAAGUUCCUGGAAAUAUCAGAUUUAUUGUGCAUUUCUGUGGAACUGCACUUUGUCUCCCUCUGUACAAGAACUGGAAUUUUUCACCUCGAGGGAGUUUGACUUGUUAAGACAAAGUCAGUACUGUUACAGCAGGUGGUAUUAAAUGGGCUUCUUUACAACCUGCAAUGUAAUAGAAAUAGUAUAGUAAUAGAUAAUAUAAUGAAUAAAUAACUGUAGCAUAACAUUUUAAUUAUAGUCAGUAUUAACAUAAAAUAUAGUGUGAAAUAUUGGCUACUGACUUUGACUCUGUGAUCCAACACUAAACAGGCUGUGCUCUGAUGGCUUACAUCUAUAGUAAACAGUAUGCCACUUCUGAUAAUGAUUUGAUCCACAUAAGGUGCACUCCCUGGUUUGGAUGUUUUGCCCCAAAUCCCCACAUGACCACUAAAACUCAACUGUGAAGUGUCAAGUUUGAAAAUCAGGGAGGUUAUCUUCAAAGGACUUCAACAUUUUGGGAAAUAGGUUAAUUUGAUCAAACAACUGAUACCAAGCUCAUGUUUUUUGUGUUUGGUACACAGAUGGAGUCAGGAUGUGGUUAGCCGUGCUUAGCAUAAACACUAGAAGCAGAGGGAAAAAGCUAACCUUGUCAAAAAUUGUCCAACAACCCCUCUAACACAGAGUUAACCCCAGUGGCUGGCGCUGCCUGCUUCCCCUCUGCAGCUAUGUUAACCAACGGUGCUGUUCACAUAGGGCGUCCCACGCCACACACCUUAAUAAACGCCUCGCCAUCUACAGCAGUCAUUAUGGCGUCCAGUCUAUUUUUGCCACAAGCCCCUUGCAAAUUUUGCAAGAAAACACACUAAUGAUCUAUUCUAAAUAAUAUAAGAGAUAAAUAAUAGAUGAUAUAAAUCUUUGCAAUUUCUUAGUUUCAUGAAAUGAAUAAGAUGUGACAUGUUAACAGUGAGCGUUAGAGGUUUUGUUUAGUGUAUGUUUUUCCUUUGUACAGAGCCAGGCUAGCUGUUUUCCCCCAGCUCCCAGUCUUUAAGCUAAGCUACGCUAACAGCAGCCUGACUCCAGCUCAUUUCAUCUCACUCUCAGAAAGAAAGCAAAUAGGUCUGUUCUCCAAACAUCUUUAAUAAUUCCUUUAAAUGUUUAUUCUAUGUCUAAACCAAGGUGAACAACGGCAGACUGGAGACUUUAAGCACACAUUAAGAUUGAAGCAUGCUUACAUGUUGUACCAGGGUUUCUCAACCCUUACUUGGCUUGUGAUUCUAUUUUUAGGAUCUAAAUUCUCUUGACCGCUGCAACUGCACAGGUAAAACAUUGUCAUGUGAAUUUAAGUAUGGUGUAUUUCUCUUGUUUUUCAUAGCAUGCAAUGCAUGCAGUGCACGUGUCUUAUUUAGGCUAGAUAUUGUAAUACAUUUUAAAUCAUCAGUUUAGCUUCUUUUCCAUGUAAAACAGAUAAGAAUUAGAAAGCUCCUGCACUUCUGUAUGCAUAACGAGUGAAGCGGGUUACCUCUGCACCAGAGUAAACCCGCCCUCCUGUUGCUAUUAGUGACACUGUCUCUGGAACGGUUCUCCAUCAGUCUGCUUGAGUCUGUGUGGAUCCUCAACACCAAAUGAAUGCUCUGCAUUGUUUCUAUCAUUUCACUAUCAACACACGCUUUGAUGGCUUACACACUAACACAGGAAAUUAGUUUAAUUUACAGCUUUGCAGAGCGCAUGUAGCAAGAGGUACUCCAGGGAUUUAGUAUUUCACUUUCAUAAAGUUAUCAAACUGCAAAAGACAGAUUUUAAAAGUCUUGUCAAUCUCCCAAAACACGGACUUCUACAAUCCCCAUAAUGCAAUCCUUGAUAUAAUUGUUGGUUGGACACUGACGUCCCCCUGCUGGGAGCAUGGGGAUUACGGACCCAAAA